CAUCAUCAUCAGUGCUGAGUAAACGACAGGACACACACUGCCACAGAGACGAAACCUCAGCGAAAUCAAGACAGAAGAUGUUUUUUUCACUUCCUAGAUAUUUAUUUUAAUCGCUAUUUAUAGAUUGCCUGUAUAUUUUUUGCUCAAGGAUAUAUUUUUGUGGAUUCCUGAUUUCUCCAAUGGAUUUUCCUCCCGAGAUCAGUGUUUUUCUUCUGUCUCUGACGGCACCUUUAAUUCUCUACACAAUCAACCAUGUGUCCUUCUUACAAGAUCCACAGGUUAUACUGGCUAUAGGCAUCGCGGUUCUUACAACUAUAUUCCUCCUGGCAAACCUCAGUGUCAAGAGUAAGACAUCUACUGACCCUCUCUUCUAUGUGUUUGCAGUGUUCUCCUUCACUUCUGUGGUCGGCAUCACCAACGCUCUGCAGCAGGAUGGAUUCAUCAAAGGCUUUAUGGACUUUUAUAUUAGCAAGGGCGAGCCUCACCUGAGUUCUGCUCACUGUAUCAUGAUGAGUUACUGGGACGGAGUCGUUCACUACGGGCUUCUGCUCCUCAUGAUCCACCGCAUCAGCGCAGGGAAGCCGUUCCGCGUUUUGGCUCUUGUUUGGGCCGGAUCUAUGAUCGCCAGUCAGCUCGUCUUCAUCCCAGGCAUUUUUGUAGGGAAAUAUGGGAAAAACAUCCUCCCUGCUUUCUGGAGAAACGUCCCGUCUUUGGUGUUACCCGUAUGGGCGGCGGCCAAGCUUUUCAACAGGCCGAGAGAGCUGUCAAUCAUUCCUGCUGACAAGGUGGAGGUGGAUCAGAAGCGAACGCUGUUUUCACGGCCGAUAGACCUGAUCCUCACACUCGGCCUCUUCGCCACCAUCAUCUUCACUGUCUUCAGAGGGUUUGUUGUUCUUGAAUGUUCUCUGGAUUCUUGUUUCUCCUACAUCUACCAGUACGAGCCGUACAUGAAAGACAGCGUCGGCUUCCCAAAAGUCAUGAUGCUGGUGUUCCUGUUCUAUGUGUUGCCGCUCUUGACAGCGAGUGUUUAUGGGCUUUACACUCCGGGAUGCACAUGGAUGUUGGACUGGACGCUGUUCCUCGCAGGAGCUGUAGCUCAGACCCAGUGGACUCACCUGGGAUCCUCUGUUCACUCGCGCACACCGUUCACGUACCGGAUCCCUCGGGACGAGUGGCGUCUGGUGGUCGCGCUGAACCUUCUGUACGCCGCGGUGCCCGUCCUGCUCGCCGUACGCUGCUACACGGAUCAAGCCUUCUUCGUGAAGAGCGUUCUUCAGGGACAAUCCAGCAACGGCAAGAAGAAGAAUUAGAGUCACGGACAGUUCAUGCGUCCUCUUUGCAGGAUCGUGCAGCGAGACCUCAACUUACAGUAUGAGUAAAAGCAUCAGUAUAUGCCAAUCUUAGUGUCUUUUUUUAAAUUCCGCUCUGCUAACAGAAUGUCCUCUGGCUGUUCAAAACAUCACGAUUUUAAAUGAUUUUUUGAAACGUGUUUUCUCUUGGUUAGACGACCAUUCCAUUUUAUCAUUCUUCAAAGAUCAUGAGAAUGUUACUUUUGAAGGUUCUCAGAACAUUCCGAAACAUUCCGAAGUAACAUUUAAAAAACGUUAGACAAACUGAUAAAGUUCCAUAAAUAAUGUUUUUGUGCUGGCGUUUUUAGAACAUUAUAAUAACUUGGAGCAAAAAAUUCUGUUAAAACGUUUGUUUGUAAUUAUUUACAGAACAUUAGCCAAAGUUAUAUAAUAAGCAGAUUUUUUUUCUAAUUCUAGCAUUAUAUUUUGUUCUCUGCUAGGUUAUAAAAUUAUCAAUCAUAACAUGAUAAAUAUUACAUCUGUGCAGUUUAUUGCCAGAAUCGGUGUUAGAAUGAUAUUAGACAGAUGCCUGAUUUUAUUUAUUUUAUUAUAAGUAUGGCACUGCUGUCGACCUAAACAUUGAUAUGCAUUCCUAGAAAGAAUGUAUCCGUCUUUCUUUUUUACAUGGAGUUUUGCUGUGUGUGUGUGUGUGUGUGUGUGAUCUCCAGCAGGUUUAUCUCUGGUCAGUUGGUGAAAUCUCAAUAAAUCUGGACUCUGGACGUUUGA